CUGCCGUUAUCAUUAUUAAAAACCGCCCAGAAUCACCCAAUGUUGGUGGAAUUAAAGAAUGGUGAAACAUACAAUGGUCAUCUAGUGAGCUGUGACAACUGGAUGAACAUCAAUCUAAGAGAAGUUAUCUGUACUUCAAGGGAUGGUGAUAAAUUUUGGAGGAUGCCAGAGUGCUAUAUACGUGGAAGCACAAUUAAAUAUUUGCGGAUUCCUGAUGAGAUUAUUGACAUGGUAAAGGAAGAAGUGAUGUCAAAGGGCAGAGGUCGUGGAGGCAUGCAGCAACAAAAACAGAUGAAGGGUAGAGGAGCCGGUGGAGGUGGGCGAGGUGUCUUUGGAGGGCGAGGCAGGGGCGCCCCUGGUGGAGGAAGGGGCCAGCAAGACAAAAAGCCAGGCCGGCAGUCUGGGAAACAGUGAUGUCUUAAUACUGCUGUCUUCUUGCCAGAGACAUUUGUUUAGUAUUGACUGUAUGGUCACGCCUCAGCUCUGCAAAAUAUUUAAAGUGUUAGCCUUCUGACUCUCAGUACACCAGCAAUUUUUUUUCCUCUUCACCCCUCCCCCUUCCCAUAAUGUAGAACCAGCCUACAGAGGCAAGUUUCCUGCAAGAGGGGACACAAGCCAGAACCAGAUGUCAAAACGUGAGAUUAUUUCCAUUUAUUUCUGUCUGUCUGUGGGAGGUCUUCAUAUCCUAACCUGCAGUUGAACUUAGCCCAUGCCAUUGAAAGGUCAUUUGGGCUAAACUCCAAAAUACAGGGGGUUGGGGUGUGUAGUGAGAAGGGUACACAUCACUUGUAACAACUGUGCAGCAUGAGUAUGGUACCGACUUUUCGACUACACCAAUGCAAACAGUUUGAAGUAAAUGCAUUUGAGCCUCAUUAUUAUUUAAGCACUUCUCUGCUAUUGCUAGAUGAAGGAAACAACUGUAAUGCGAUAUAGGCAUGCCUCUUAAAUAUACGUGAAAUCUUCCAGAACUGUCUAGUGGCUGUUGCAUAUGGGGGAGUUUUUUGUUCAGUUAAAUUACGUUUGCAUAUGAAACGGUUAAAUAACUUUCACAUGUAUGUUUUUGAAGUGUAACACAAUACCCUCUGAAAUGCAGAAUAUAUGCAGCAAUUUGUGACUGGCAUAAUAGAUUUAUAUUCUUUGUUUUGGCUUAUUACAUAAGCCCAAAUCCCAGGAGGGCUGCAGUUUGCUGAAUCGAUGCCCCCAUGGAGAAUAUAAAAAGCACAUUUCUCCACUUGUAUCUGGUUAUGGAAUGUUCUAAAUGAGUAGAGGUUACAGUUCCUCAUUUUCAUUGGAUUUGUGUUCAAAUAUUUUGUUGUAGCCAUGGUUACAAUUCAGUCAAUGAUUUUGCUUUUUUUUUUCCCCUCUCACAGAAAAUUCACAUUUUGUCCCUUAAAGAUUUGGCUAUUUUCUAAAACACUUUUUUUUUUUUUUGUGAUUUAAACACUUAAUAAGCACUUAAAAAUCUGGUUGGCUGCUGUAUUUUUCACUUUUUUUAGAAUGUUAAAUGUUGACCACAUUUUACUGAACAAAAAUGGACAAUAUUAUGAGGAGAUUGGGGGGGUGGUAUUGUGUUUUUUUCUGGAAAACAUUUUCUUGUUACUAAGAGUGUAAGAGUGCCGUGACACUUUUUUUUUUCUUUAAAAUAAAAUAUCAGCAAUGAAAAAUG